CGAAUAUUAAUAUAUAUAAAUCAGGGCCUUUUUAUAUAUGAAAUGAAGUAUUACGUUAUUAUUUAUAUAGCUAUAAUAUCUCUCCCCUUAUAUACAUGAACAUAUUUAUUUUUAUUCUUUUUCUUUCUUUCUUUCUUUCUUAAUUCUCCUUAGUUUUAAUUCCAUUUUUUUUUCUUUCGCUUAAAAUAAUGAAAUGGCCAUCACUCAUAAUUCGAUUUAUAAAGUUAAAGAAAUUCAAUCUAUUUCUAUUAAUUUUAUUAUUUCUCUUCCUUUCUUAUCUUUUGUUAACUUAUUCAAAUACAUUAUUAUCCUAUAAAACGACAUCCUUAUUCAACCAUGAUACUGAUGAAGAACGAUAUUUAGCUUAUUUACCCCAUUCAGGGCUCUCUAACCAACGUAUAGAGCUGGCUAAUGCCCUACUAUUAGCUUAUAUGCUAAAGCGGACAUUAAUUGUACCACCUGCUUUUCUUGGCACUGUGCUUGGUUGGAUGCAUCGAGAUCAACUCAUGGAUAGACUUGAAUGGCUUACGACACCAAAGAAUUUCCCCAAGAUAUGCCAGAGACCUACGCCUGGUCUAUUAAAGAGUUAUACACAACGAUCACGUUGUGCUGAAUAUCGCCAAUUGGCUAUCCUUCCCUGGACUGAGCUACACGAUUUUACUUUACUCAAAGAAUCAGGCAGUGGCAUUCGAAUGCAAUUUCAAUCGAUUAUUUCAUUAGAGAGACUAAAAGAGGAGCUUGAGAUCAUGGCAGAGGAUGAUGUGUAUGUGUAUCAAGAUUUACAACUCUAUGAUUGGAGACUUUAUCAGAACAAGACAAGGGCGAUUGAGUUGGUACAGGAUCGACUCAAUUAUUUUGAUUCAUUUGCGGGGAGACGUUAUUAUAAGGUGCUAUUGCCAGACCAUUUUGAGCGUCGAAAGGAGAAACUCAUCUAUCUGGGAGGCAUCUUUGGAUCGACACGUAUUCAUUUAAUCGAUUCAAAGGAUCUAUGGAUACAGGAGCUGAUUCGAAGGACAUUGCAUUAUCGACUUGAUACGCCUAUUGGAGAGACAGUGAAAUCGAUUGUCAAUUAUUUAGGUGGGAAAGGAAGUUUUAUGGCACUUCAUUUUCGAACAGGGGAUAAUCCUUUUAAAAGAGAAAUUCCAGAUAAUUUACUUAGAUUUGUUAAAAACAUGACAGACCUUGCCAGUCAACAAAGGAAGGUGAUUACUCAAAAUAAUAGUGAAGAAUCUUGUUUGAAUCUUUCAACUACAAAAGAAGAGGAAGAUCAUCUGACUGUUAUGAACCAACAACAGCUCUUUAGUACUCUGCCAUUCACAUCUCGUGUCAAAAUCUAUCUUGCUACUGAUUAUCGAAACCCAAAAGGUAAAUCAAGUCUACUCUUACCUUGGUUCGAUACUUUCCCAUGUACAACUAUAUUAAGUGAUUUACCAGAUUAUUUAUUUUCACCACUCGAUCAUUUGAGAGAUAGUAUCGUACCAUCAAAGUCUUUACGACAUUUUUUAAUACCUCUUGUUGAUGCUAUGGUAGCUGCACAUGGUAAGACGGUUUUAACUACUCCAAGAUCAACAUUUUCAAAAUAUAUCGAAGAAUUACAUUAUGACUGGUUAGAAUGAUAAAGUACUACAUAAUAGUAGAGGGAGAGAGCUUUUCUUUUUUUUUUUUAUUGUACAUAUUUGUAUUUUUUCUUUUCUUUUUUUUUUU